AUGAUCUGCGCCUCGACAUCGUACGCCUUCAACCUGUUCAGCGGCAGCCUUCGCGACAAGUACAACUUCGACUCGCGCCAGAUGUCCACGAUCAACACCGUGGGCAUGGUGUUCGCCUACUUUCUGCUGCCGUACGGCACGAUAUACGACUACCUCGGCCCGCUGCCGGUGUACAUCCUUGCGUGCGUGCUCGCGUCGCUGGGGCUGCUGCUGAUGGGCCUCACAUUCCAGGGCGUGAUUGCCGGCUCUGUGGUACGGUUCUGCGUGUUUAACGCGCUGCUGAGCCUUGGCAGUCAGCUGUUCGACCUUGCCACGGUGGUGACGAUGCUGAGCAUCUUCCCGACGCGUCGCGGGUGGGUUGUGGCGCUGCUGAAGACGCUGAUGGGCCUGGGCUCUGCGAUCAUCGGGUCGAUGCGCACGGGCUUCUUCCUGAACACGCCGGCAAACUACUUCUACUUCCUGAUGGGGGUGAUUCUUGUGACCGGGCUGUGCUGCAUUGCGGUAAUGCGGCUGCCGUCGUACCACCUGACGGGCUACCAGCAGAGCCGCCUGAGUGAUGAGCAGAAGGCGGUGCGCGGUGCACGUGUCGCGGCGUACCUGACGCAGGAGCCGCCGAUGUGGCGCUUCUACCUGAGCAUUGCGGUGGUGCUCGUGCUUGUGGUGUAUCUGCCGACGACGAGCGCGCUGGCGGCGUUCACGGAGGUCGCGAAGACGCAGCACGGCCUGCUUGCCUUUGCAAUCGUGGCCGUGAUCAUCACGAGCUGCUUUCUGCUGAUGCUGGUGCCGUGCCCGUGGCUGGAUCGUCUGACGACGAAGGGGCUGAGGGAUGAUGAGUCGGCGGAGAGCGGCGAGGUGCUGACGGACGUCGACUACAUUGCUCCGCAGUACCAGACGACCUUCCUGCAGAGCUGUUGCACGGUGAGCCUGUGGUGCAUCCUCUGGACGAUGUUCUGCGGGGUUGGCGCCGAGUUCGUGAUCAUCUUCAACGCGUCGCCCAUCUUCUCUGCGCUGACGGAGACGCCGAAGCUGGACACGACGGUGUCUGCGCUGCUGACGGUGCUGAACGGCGCUGGCAGCGCGCUGGGCCGCCUGACCAUGUCUGUGUUCGAGCACUACACGCAGAAGCGCAAGGCCGAGGACCGCAUGCCCAUCACCGUCGCCUUCUUUGUGCCGACGACGCUGAUCAUCCUCUCGAUGGUGCUGUUCCUGGUGCUGCCGGGCCGCUCGCUGCUGGCCGCGUUUGCGCUGGCGUCUCUUGGUAACGGCUUCUGCGCCAGCGUCACCAUUCUCGUCCUGCGCACCAUGUACGCCAAGGACCCCGCGAGGCACUACAACUUCGGCUACAACGCGUUGUGGAUCGCGGCCAUCCUGCUGAACCGCUUGCUGUACGGCGAGUGGAUUGCGUCUCGGGCCGACAGGCAGGGCCAGAAGGUGUGCGUUGGCCGCGAGUGCGUGAUGAUGCCGCUGCUCGUCAUGAUUGGCAUGAACCUGACGGCGCUUCUCUCGGAUGUGUACCUGCACAUCAGCUACUCCCGCUUCUCGCGCAGGGUGCUGGCGGAGCGCCGCCGCCUGCGGGAGGGGGCCGCCGCCGCGGGCAGCUCGGAGCCGAUGUGCCCGGAAAAAGGAGGUAGUCCGUGGUGA